AUGGCAGAUAAGAAGGAUUUAUUGGCAGAAGCAAAGAGCUUCUGUGAUGGGCUCUCAAACGUGUUCAUGCUUAAGAAACGUGAUGCCCAGACACGCCACCUAUUGGAGAAAGCAAAAACACUGGUGGAGGCCCUGAUGGCAGAAAACCAAAAAUCAUCAGGCACAAAGUCCACUCCUCCAAGGCAGGCCCGUGGGUCAGGGGGCAUGGGUCAACUUUGGACGAAGUUAGAGGAGCUGAAACGCGAAAAUGAACUCCUGAAGAAAGGUAAGAGUCAAGAUGACAGGGGGACUUCCGGUUCUAUUACCAAGACACAGGGUCCUGGCGAGGUUAUUAUUGCAGAGCUUCAUAAGUCGAAGCAUGAUAAUGAGAUUCUCCGCAACCGGAACGAGAAACUUGAGUCGACGGUCCGCGAGAUGGAGGCAGUGGCUGCUAGCGUUCAGGACGAGUAUAAGAGGUCAAAGGUUGCACUGGAGACAACACAGAAAUCCAUGGAAACCAUUCUCAAAGAGUAUCGACUCAUGGAAGACAGCCUGAAGACGGCCAAAACGGAAAACGAUACUUUAAAACAAAGGCAAGGUAACGUGGAAACUAUUGACCGAUGCCGUUCCGGGGGACGGCUCCAGACUGAAACAUUGAGCGAACGCUGUCGUCCUAGCAACGUGGCCAUGCUGUACACGAGCUUGGAAAGCCAAGAGUGGGUGGACGCUAAGGAGGCACUAGAAGAUGACUAUGACUUUGAAGAGGAGAACAUAAUCCAGUUCCUGUGUACCAUCCUCAUGGAAGCUUUCAAAACCUGCAAAGAAGUGCACGAGACAUUGAAGGCCACGAUAGCGGAGCUCCUUAAGAAGCCGACCCUUGCCGUUAGCUUAGAUUUUGGUGGUGAGAUCAACUAUCGGUACAAACUACCAGAGAGUCUAACGGACGGUGUGGGGCAACAACUCCGACAGCAUUUUGAUGAAGUGGAGACCGAGACCAUUGUCAACAUUAUGUCAAAGAAACUCGCCAAAGAUUACAGAAAUUUCGCGGAGAACAACUGUCUUCAGCACAAGUCAAUUUAUAAAUAUAUGCACGCAUGCGCUAAGGUAACGUGGCAGAUGGUGGUGCAACAGCCGCAAAUGCAUCUUACAGUGGAUGACAAAAAAUUCGAUGAUGACAAACAUAAACUUUGGUGGUCAUGUGACCAAAAGAGCGCGAACAACGUGGACUUCUUCAUAUGGCCAGGGUUAUACGACUAUAAGAAUGGCAUUUUACUUGUAAAGGGAUGUGUAUAUGCCAGCUGA